AUGCCACCGCCACCCAACAAAAAGAGAAAAAGAGCAAGCAAUCCUGCGCAUUUCAAGGAGACGAGACAAAAGAUCAGGACGCUUGAAGCUAGCUUGUCAGACAAAGCCAAUCUCAACAACAUUGUUCAGUUGAUCGAUCUCACCAAAAAGCACCUUGACGAGGAUCCACAAGUUGUCCAUGCUGCUAUCCAUGCUUUACAUCGUGUAUUCACUCGGUGGCAAAUGAAUGGCGACCUUGAUACCACUCGACAUCAACAAUCCAAUGCGGCAGCUGCCAAGGUGACCAGUUGGUUGAAUACUCAGUUGGAUGCAUACUUGAAUAUGCUACGUCAACUCCUUGUACAUGAUGAGCCUGGUCUACAGCUUCCAGCACUUCAAAUUCAAAUGACGUUUAUCAAAUCGCAUUCCGAAUAUCGCAAGGCCCAAGGCAAAGACUAUGAAUUCGCCAAUUACAUUUUCAACCCACUCGUCAAAGCCGUCAUCACCAACGACAAUCUCAGCGAGCAGUUGCAGAAGGAAUUUGUCCAAAAAUACGUCAAUGCCUAUGAUGAUGUUCGAUAUUACUUUUAUCAAGAUGCUGCCGGCAUCAUGAAGGAUAUCACUGAAAAGAAAAAGAAGGCAUUGGGUGCCAUUGUGGCCAAGAACACAUUUGGUAUCCUGGAGGGAAUUCGAUCCAUGCCCACUGAGCCUGAGGAGAUCAACGAAUUUUGGACAGCACAUCCCAAUCCACAUGCACAAGGAAACAAGAAGGAUGAGGAUGAUAUGAUGGAUCAGGAUGAUGAGGAUGCUCUCUUAUUGGGUGAUACGGGCUUAGUCUCAGACAAUGAAGAGGAUGAUACCAAGAAAUCACAAAGCAAGUUGAGCAAGAAAGAAAGAAACAGCAAACCUUUCCUUUUGCAUCUCAACGCACACAAACGAGCAUUCCAAAACGGUUGGCUUGCCUUCCUUGGUCUUCCACUCACUGAAGAGCUCUACAAGAAGACAUUGUUGAUGUUGCAUAAGCGGAUUCUCUUGCAUCUAUUCGAACCCAAGCUUCUCAUGGACUUUUUGACCGAUUCCUACAAUGUUGGUGGAGCUGUCAGCUUAUUAGCACUCAAUGGUUUGUUCAUUCUCAUCACCGAACACAACUUGGAUUAUCCCGAUUUCUAUCAUAAACUCUACACCUUAUUGGAUCGCAAUAUUAUGCAUGUCAAAUACCGAUCUCGAUUCUUCCGUUUGCUCGACAUCUUUUUAUCAUCCUCAUUGCUGCCAGCUGCAUUGAUUGCUGCCUUCAUUAAGCGAUUAGCACGACUCUCUUUGACAGCACCACCAGCUGCCAGUGUUACCAUUGUUCCCUUCAUCUACAACUUGCUCCGACGCCAUCCUACCUGCAUGAAAUUGAUCCACAGCAACGACGCUGUCGGCAAAGCUGACGAUCCUUUUGAUUUCGAUGAAAAGAAUCCUUAUGAAUGCCAUGCGCUUGAGUCAUCACUCUGGGAAGUACAGACGCUUGCACAACACUAUUACGCCAACGUAUCCACGCUUGCAAAGAUCUUUUCCGAAAAGUUCCUCAAACCCAAAUACAACCUGGAGGAUUUCAUGGACCAUACCUAUGCUACAUUCUUCAAGAAUGAGAUUGGACGUAAACGGAAACGAGAGCCUGCCAUGGCUUUUGAGAAGCCUAGUGAGAAUGAAUGGGAAAUUUAG